AUGCUGAAGCACAUAAGUAUCAAUUUUGAACUUCUCACUGACAUCGACAUGGUCAUAUUCAUCGAACGCGGUAUACGCGGAAGUCUUAGUCAAUGUUCCAACAGAUACGCGCAGGUCAACAACAAAUACAUGCAGUACGAUCCCCUCGAAACCAUCAUGAAUAACGCAGUUUUUGGUAAAACCAUAGAGAAUGUGCGCAAUCAUGUCGAUGUGCGGCUUAUCACUAAAUGGGAAGGAACUGGCGCUGAGACAAUGAUUGCAAAACCAAACUUCCACAGUCGAAGCGUCUUUUUGAAGAAUCUGGUAGUGAUAGAAAUGCGCAAACUCAAGGUGAUGUUUAACAAACCGAUCUAUCGGUACGGCCCACGCAUACUUGCUCAGCACGUCAAUGACGAUGAGAAUGUAAUGGUAACCUUUGUUGAAUCGUGUAUAAGGACGCAUCUCAACUACAUCCGCCUGCCCCAAGUCAUCGUAUCCGUAAACGAUCAUGUAUCUUCAUGGAAAAUUUCUUCUCGCUGGAGCAUGCAGUUCCUCUACCAACCGUCGCUUCUCGAAGCUUUUCUUCUUCUCAGAUAUGUUUGA